AUGUCGACCUAUGUCGCACCUGAAGACCAGCUGGAAGAACAUUUGGGAUGGAUGAAGGCCGCUUUGGACAUGGUACAGUUCCAAGAUCACCGGAGAUCACGACAAGCAACUAAGAUUUUGCUAGAGGCCAACGAAGCGAUGGAAGCCGGAGAAGUACCGGUGGGAUGCGUAUUCGUACGAGAUGGACGUAUCAUUGCAAAAGCGAGGAAUCGUACAAACGAGCUACGAAACAGCACACGACAUGCAGAGCUCGAAGUUAUCGAUUAUAUACUGUCUAGUCCAGAGCUUACGCCCGAUCCAACGGCAGAACGCCUCCUCCAGACAACGACGCUCUAUGUGACCGUAGAGCCCUGUAUAAUGUGUGGCUCAGCACUGCGACAAAUGGGAAUCAAAGAGGUUUAUUACGGAUGUGGUAACGAUCGGUUCGGAGGCUGCGGAAGUGUCCUGGCUGUCAAUGAAAGCGAUCACCCCCGAAACCCUCCAUAUCCAGCAUCCAUGGGCUAUCUCAGAGACGAGGCAAUCAUGAUAUUGCGCAGAUUCUAUCUAACGGAGAAUAAAAAUGAGCAAAAGCGAAUCGAGUGCUCAAAACAGAGAUUCUACCUCCUUCAACUACAAGCUCAGCAUCCCGGACUCCAAUUCCUGGUACUCCCCGACUACAGGAAUAAGGCAAACGACUUUAUCGAGGCGUAA